CCUAACUGCCGCACCCGCACCCCAUCUCGUCUUUCUCACUCUUUCCAUCCCUCUCGUCUCUCUCUUCCUCUUUAACAAAAAAAGCCCUUCGAAUCCUCAACCUAAGAGUCCAUCCUUCUCUCUUCACUGAAUCUGUGAAGCAGAAACGCAGUUUCCCUUCCAUCCUCUUCUUCUUCUUCUUCCUCCUCUGUCCUUCCAGUGAACCCAGUCAUCCUACUCUGGUUCUUCUUCUGCAGCUACUGUUUGAGGGGUUCGGUAUCACCUGCUUGAUUGAAAAAAAUUCAGGUUUAAGGAUGUUGCCUGUUGAUCCGACAAAGAAGCUGUCUUUUACUCGUUGCAUUAGUGAUGGAGAUUUGGUCAUUGUCUACGAGAAGUAUGAUACCAUGAAAGCUGUCGAAGUGUGUGCCGGUUCUGUGCUCGGAAACCGGUUCGGCGUGUUUAAGCAUUCAGACUGGAUAGGGAAGCAGUUUGGUUCCAAGGUUUUCAGCAGCAAGGGAGGAUUUGUUUACUUGUUAGCUCCGACACCCGAGCUUUGGACUUUGGUUUUAAGCCACAGGACUCAGAUUCUGUACAUUGCAGACAUUAGCUUUGUGAUCAUGUUCUUGGAAUUGGUUCCGGGAUGUUUGGUUCUCGAGUCGGGGACCGGGAGUGGAUCUUUGACUACUUCGCUUGCAAGGGCUGUUGCUCCUACAGGACAUGUCUAUACGUUUGAUUUCCAUGAACAACGCGCGGUCUCUGCUAGGGAGGAUUUUGAGAAGACAGGAUUAAGCAACUUGGUCACUGUACGAGUUAGAGAUAUUCAGGGAGAAGGAUUUCCGGAUGAGUUUUCUGGAAGGGCAGAUUCUGUCUUCCUGGACUUACCCCAACCUUGGCUGGCUAUCCCUUCAGCUGCGAAAAUGUUGAAACAAGAUGGGGUACUAUGCUCCUUCUCCCCGUGUAUUGAGCAGGUGCAACGAGCGUCAGAGACUAUGAGAUCAAGCUUUACGGAUAUAAGGACGUUUGAGAUACUCCUUCACACAUAUGAAGUUCGAGAAUGGAAAUUGGAUGACUUCUAAGGCGACGAAGCUGGUUCUGUUGGAUCUCAUCCAUGUAAAAGGCGACAUCGAUCAAAUGAAGGAAGCAAUGCGCAGGAAACGACAGGUUCUCCCACGGUCAUGGCCAGGCCGUGCAGCGAGGCCAGAGGCCACACUGGAUAUUUAACAUUUGCAAGACUCAAAUGCCUGUGAAGUAUGCAACUUUAAUCUAGUUAUAGACAUACAGCUUGAUUCUUGAAUGUGGUGAACUUCGCACCUUGUGUUAUGGCGUUACCCCGAUUAAACCCGAAAUGCUUGUCCAUUUUGUGUUCAGGUCUAUGUAAGGUGAAUACCCCAAAUAGUUGGGAUGAGGUUUCGUUUUUGCUGUUUCUGUAUCGUGAAUUCUUCUGAUGAUUCGGAAAGUUAGCAAAUUUUGACAGCGAAAAUGCAUGUCCAUUUUGUGUUCAGUCCCUUUCUCAACUCCUUAUAAGGAGUUGGGCUACUCUUCACGUCGUUAAUUGGUUUUGGAGUGGAACUUAGUUUAAUGCUAAAAUUGUAAAGUCGCCAUUCGUCCUUCAGUUUUGUAUUCAGCAGAGACUUGAAAGCGUUAAAGACCUGCGCCUCUUUCUCCACUUGCUUUGCUUUCCAAAAUCCAAACCUUCAGAUCAAGAUGCAGAGCACUACGCUUGCUCUGUCUCCUUCCACCUCGUUUCUCAAACCUCCAUGUCGAAACUCUAUUCCUAAAGCCUUUCAGCUUUUACCCUCGACGUCCUUGAUACAUGUUGACAAUCUGACUAAAGUUCACAGGCUUUCAUAGCAAACAGCUCUUUACACUUUUUCUUCUUCGAAUGCUUCCUUCAUUUUCUCAAAUCGUAGGUAUGAUCAUUUGACGGCCAGGGCUGCUUCUGUGCCCGAGAGUGCUGACGAGGCCUCGAAGCAGAGCGGAUUGGUUAAGACCUUGCAGCUUGGUUAUAUGUACCUUUUGAAUAUUUACUUCAACAUCUACAACAAACAGAAGCUAGAAUUUGAAGGCCAGAGCUUGUUCAUAGGUUCUGAAAGUCUAUCCAUUUCCAGCAACGGUCACAGCGUUUCAGUUUGGCUGCGGGACUGUGAUGUUAUCCUGAUGUGGGCUCUUAACCUCUACCCUAGACCAAAUCUCACUCGCUCACAGCUUGCAGCAAUUCUACCGCUGGCUGUGGCACACGGUCGGAAACUUAUUGACUAACAUUAGUCUUGGGAAAAUUGCUGUUUACUUCACUCACACAAUCAAGGCCAUGGAGCCCUUCUUCACAGUUGUAUUCUCUGCUCUUUUGCUUGCUGAGCUUUCUGAUCAGGCUGACUGCUGAUUGCUGUCCACACAGAGGCCGAGUAUUUGGGUGGUUUCUUCUCUUGUACUGAUUGUAGGUGGAGUGGCAUUGGCAUCCUUCACUGAGGCCUUUUAAAUGGAUCGGUUUCGGUAGUGCAAUGGCCUCUAAUGUUACAAACCAAUCGCGUAAUGUACUCAGCAAGAAGUUCAUGGUUAAAAAAAGAGGAAUCAUUGGACAAUAUCAAUCUCUUCUCAGUGAUCACUAUCAUUUCCUUCAUCCUGUUGGUUCCUUCGGCGAUUCUAUUGGAAGGCGUUAAAUUUACUACUCCUUACCUGCACUCUGCUGUAAGUACUAUUACUAAGUGCUUCACGAAAAAGCAGUUAGAAGUGCUUCAUCAAGUAGCUAGCUUUUCUGUACACAUUGUUGUAUAAUUGAUAAUAUUACAUGUAUACCUGGAAAACCAAGGAUUGAAUAUCAAAGAGUUAUGCGUAAGAUCACUUCUGGCUGGCUUCUGCUUCCACACUUACCAGCAGGUGACACCAUAGUUUCCUACUCUCUAAAUUAAACCGAAAAUUGAAGUUACGUACUUCUUGCAGUAACAAAUCUCAGUGGUUACUGUGUACAAACCGUUUUGGCUUAGAAGUGAUGAGUAGUGGUUGUAAUGGCUUGGUUAUUUUUGCAAAUUUGCGUGGUAAUGCAGGUUUCUUAUAUGAUACUGCAGAUGGUAUCACCAGUGACUCACGCAGUCGGAAACUGUGUGAAGCGUCUGGUGGUGAUAGUCUCCUCAGUCAUCUUCUUCCAAACCCCCGUCUCACCGAUGAACGCACUCGGGACAGCUUUUGCUAGAUCUCGCAGGAAUGUUCUUGUAUUCAAGAGCCAAGAGACUCAAACCAAAGCCCAAUUAGUGAUGCAUGAAUUGUAAAUGUAUAAGGACAAUGCUUGUGUCUCCAGGGGACUUACUUGUUCCCUUACUUAUGAAGUAUAAUUCUUUACCGUCUGAACAUCAUAAACGGAACCAUUCAUUCUCUUUAGAUCACCUAAAGAUUAUAGAUGCAAAAAUUUAUUCAAUUUGGAGA